AGAGCAAACAUCCUCAAGGAAGUACAGAUUAUGCGUCAAAUCGACCACCCCAAUAUUGUCAAGCUGAUCGACUUCUCCGAGUCUCGGCAAUACUACUACAUCGUCCUCGAGCUAUGCCCCGGUGGUGAACUGUUCCACCAGAUCGUUCGCCUGACGUACUUUUCCGAGGACCUGUCACGUCACACCAUCAUCCAGGUCGCAAAAGCCUUGCAAUACCUGCAUGAGGAAGCAGGUGUCGUCCACCGGGACAUCAAGCCAGAGAACCUGCUGUUCUACCCCACACCGUUCAUUCCAUCGCGAAGCCCCAAGCCCCGCGGACCAGACGACGAAGACAAGGCUGAUGAGGGCGAAUAUGUUAAGGGCAGGGGUGCUGGAGGUAUCGGUGUCAUCAAGAUUGCCGACUUCGGGUUGAGUAAAGUCAUUUGGGACAGCCAGACUAUGACACCUUGCGGAACCGUCGGUUACACUGCUCCUGAGAUUGUCAAGGACGAGCGCUAUUCCAAGAGCGUCGACAUGUGGGCACUGGGCUGCGUGCUUUACACCCUCCUCUGCGGUUUCCCGCCGUUCUACGAUGAGUCAAUUCAAACUCUGACAGAAAAGGUUGCUCGCGGUCAGUACACCUUUUUGUCACCAUGGUGGGACGAUAUCUCCAAAUCUGCGCAGGAUUUGGUAUCGCACCUGCUUACAGUCGACCCCGAGAAGCGUUACGACAUCAAUCAGUUCCUGAGCCAUCCCUGGAUUCGAGAGGCAGACGAGCCAACAUACUCUGCCCUCGACGCUCCUCCCCUCGCGACACCUGCGGCAUCUCGCAUGGAUCCUAAGCUGCAGCAGCAGUACGCUUAUCUCGAGUCUCCUGGCGCUGGCCGCAGGGACUUCCGUUCACCUGGUGCCGUCAACCUUCGAGAGGUGUUCGACGUUGGUUACGCCGUGCACAGGCAAGAAGAGGAGGGCAAGAGGAGAAAGAACUUCAAGCAGGGCUACCGCGGCGCCAACGCUAUCAACUCGCUGAACGCACUCGAUGAAAACGAGGAUGAUGAUGAGUUCAGUAAUGAUUCGGUACCUUAUGACCCUUCCAUACAGCACCCACCUGCUAAGCUUCCAAAGUCUCAGGGUGCCGAUGUCUCCACGAUGGAGCAGAAGAUGCGCAACACGACACUGUCGGCCGCUGCACAAGCACGGCAACAACCAGCUCCUCCUCAAUCUCGGCAGCAGGAGCGUGGUUACGGCCAACACUCUCCCGCCGUCGCUGCGGCAGCGAAGCGACAAGUCAAGAACAAGGGAGCGUUCGAAUUGAGCCUCGACAACGCCACAUUACUUGGCCGCCGUGGCAAGAAAGGGCCCGGGGGAAGUGGACUGCGUGGCGAGGUCACAGCCGGCGGCUUAUAGCCAUCAGCACCUCUUUCUAAGGAUUGGCAAAGCGUUUGAUUUACAGCUGUUCGAGGCAGCAUGAAUGGCAUGGAUAUGACCCGGACAUCAUGAGGCGUUCUUCCCCCUUUCUCUAGUAUCGAUAUUUGAGUACGAAUCGGAAACCCCUUUCCAUCUGCUCUCACCUGCGGCAUAUUUGCGUGGUUUCUGUCCUUAUCGGUUGCAACAGGGAAGGCCGAACAUGUGGAUAGUUUAGAGGAGCAGCAUACUUCUGGACUAUGUAGAUGCAUGCUGCUGCUUAGCGAAUGAAAUGCUCAGCACCUCGAUCUGUUCU